GCCAGCGCCGGGUCCGGGCAGGGGGGAUCGGCCCCAUCAUACGCAGCGCGGAGCUGCAGCCGUAGCCAGAGCCCUUGCUGGGGGAUUGAUCCGGGGCCAGCACCAACCCAACGGGUCGGGAGCCGGGAGGAGGCUUCGCCCACCAUCUCCUCCCGGGUCAGGGAGAGCCGCGGGCGGGCGCCGCGGAACAAAGGUCCAGCCUCGGCCGCUCAGCCCCGAUCGGGGGCUUUUUUCCGCAGCCUGAGCUCAUCAUGAAGGCCAUUGAUGAGCCUCCAUAUUUGACAGUGGGCACUGAUGUGAGUGCUAAAUAUAGAGGAGCCUUCUGUGAGGCCAAGAUCAAGACAGCAAAAAGACUCGUCAAAGUCAAGGUAACAUUUAGACAUGAUUCUUCAACAGUGGAAGUGCAGGAUGACCACAUAAAGGGCCCAUUAAAGGUAGGAUCUGUUGUAGAAGUAAAGAAUCCAGAUGGAACUUACCAGGAAGCUAUCAUCAACAAAUUAACAGAUGCAAGUUGGUAUACUGUAGUAUUUGAUGAUGGGGAUGAGAAGACUCUUAGACGCUCUUCUCUUUGCCUGAAAGGAGAAAGACAUUUUGCUGAAAGUGAGACAUUAGAUCAGCUCCCACUCACGAACCCUGAACAUUUUGGUACUCCUGUCAUAGGAAAGAAGACAAACAGAGGAAGGAGAUCUAAUCAUAUCCCAGAAGAAGAAUCCUCUUCCUCAUCCAGUGAUGAAGAUGAAGAUGAUAGGAAACAAACUGAUGAACUAUUAGGAAAAGUCGUGUGUGUAGACUAUGUUAAUGUGGAUAAAAAGAAAGUUCUGUGGUUUCCAGCCUUGGUGGUUUGUCCAGAUUGUAGUGAUGACAUUGCAGUGAAAAAGGACAAUGUUCUAGUUCGUUCUUUCAAGGAUGGUAAAUUUGCUUCUGUACCAAGAAAAGAUGUUCGAGAAAUUAGUGAAACUUCACCAAAGCCUGAUGCUUUGUUAAAACAAGCCUUUGACCAAGCCCUUGAAUUCCGUAAAAGCAGAACUGUUCCCAGUAACUGGAAGACUGAGUUGAAAGAGGAGAGCUCCAGCAGUGAAGCUGAAGAAGAGGAAGAAGAUGAAAAAGAAAAGGAAGAUAAUAGCAGUGAAGAAGAGGAAGAAAUAGAGCCUUUUCCAGAGGAAAGGGAGAAUUUUCUACAACAGUUAUACAAAUUUAUGGAAGACAGAGGGACUCCUAUUAAUAAACGACCUGUACUUGGAUACAGAAAUUUGAAUCUCUUUAAAUUAUUCAGACUUGUACACAAGCUUGGAGGAUUUGAUAAUAUUGAAAGUGGAGCAGUAUGGAAGCAGGUGUAUCAAGAUCUUGGAAUACCUGUAUUGAACUCAGCUGCAGGAUAUAAUGUCAAAUGUGCUUACAAAAAAUAUCUAUAUGGUUUUGAAGAGUACUGCACAUCGGCUAAUAUUGAAUUUCAAAUGGCAUUGCCAGAGAAAAUGACGAAUAAGCCCUGCAAAGAGUGUGAAAAAGAAAAAGAAUUGAAAAUGCGUGAAGAACCUGAACAGGAUGUAAAAGAAAUAAAAGUUGUUAAAGAAGAGCAUAAGGAGGAGGAAGAAGUGAUCAUACAACAGGAAGAAACAAAACCAGCUGAGAAUGAUAAUGAAUGUAAAGAAGAUGAUAAACCCACCUUUCUGGAAAACAAACAAAACUUGCAAGAAUCUAUGUAUACUCAGUCUGACCAGGAAAAGGAAUUCAGUUCAACCAAAACAGAAGAUGAAGCCAAUCUUGGAGAUAAAGAGGAAGAGAAUAUUAAAGAAAUGGAAAUUCUUAACACAAACAUGGAGGCUGAAGAAAAAGAAAAAUCAGGAGAUGACACGAAUAAGGAGGAAGAUGAAGAUGAAGAAGAAGCAGAGGAGGAGGAGGAGGAAGAGGAGGAGGAGGAGGAAGACAACAAUGACAACAAUGAGGAAGAAGAGUUUGAAUGCUAUCCACCAGGCAUGAAAGUCCAAGUGCGGUAUGGACGAGGGAAAAAUCAAAAAAUGUAUGAAGCUAGUAUUAAAGAUUCUGAUGUCGAAGGUGGAGAAGUCCUUUACUUGGUGCACUACUGUGGAUGGAAUGUGAGAUAUGAUGAAUGGAUAAAAGCAGACAAGAUAGUGAGACCAGCUGAUAAAAAUGUGCCAAAAAUAAAGCAUCGGAAGAAAAUAAAGAAUAAAACUGACAAAGAGAAGGAUGAGAAGUAUUCUCCUAAAAAUUGUAAAUUGCGACGCUUGUCAAAACCACCCUUUCACACGAGCACAUCACCAGAGACUGAGUCCAAACUUGACAGCACUGAAGCCAAAAACUCUGAACAAGCUCCAGUUAAAUCCAUAGAAAUUACUUCUAUCCUUAAUGGGCUACAAGCUUCAGAAAGUUCUGCUGACGAUAGUGACCAGGAAGAUGACCAAAGUGCCCAAAAUGUACAUAAUGAUGGCAAGGAGGAAUCUCCAGAUGAGACUGUGAGCCAAGACAAAAAUGAACUCUGUCCAAAAGAAGAGCAGAGCAGCUCAUCUCCCCAAGAAGAGGGGAAAGCCCUUGCAGACGUAGCACCACCUAAAUCAGUAUCCAAAUCACCAGAAAGAUUGCGGAAAGAGCUGGAAGAAUUAUCUGAUGAUACGGACUAUGAAGGAGAGGAUGAAGCUACAAAGAAGAGAAAGGAGGUCAAAAAGGAGGUAGUAGAUAAAACAACAAAGUCACAGGUAAAACGUGGUAAGCGAAGGUAUUGCAUCACAGAGGAAUGUGUAAAGACUGGGUCACCUAAUAGAAAGGAUGAAAAGUCCAAGAGCAAAGACUCACAUAGCUUAGAACAUAGUAGUAACAGCUCCUCAGAUGAAGAUGAGGAGGACAAAUCUAAACUAAAAAUAACACCAACUAAGAAAUACAAUGGGAUAGAGGAGAAAAGGAAGUCUUUAAGGACAAGUGGUUUCUACUCAGGGUUUUCUGAAGUGGCAGAAAAAAGAAUAAAGCUUCUAAAUAACUCUGAUGAAAGACUUCAGAAUACCAGAGCUAAGGAUAGAAAAGAUGUAUGGUCCAGUAUUCAGGGACAGUGGCCCAAGAAAACAUUGAAAGAACUUUUUUCAGACUCUGACACAGAGGCUGCAGCCUCACCCCCACAUGCUUCUGAGGAUCCUGCAGUAGAGGAGCAGCUGCAGACUCUUGCAGAAGAGGUUUCUUUGCCCAGCUCUGAACUAGAAAAGCCUUUACUAGCCAGCAUAGAUGUUAAACCUGUUGAGGAGAAACCAACGGAAAUGAGUGACAAGAAAGUUGAAUUUCCAAGCAGUGGGAGUAAUUCAGUGCUAAAUACUCCUCCUACAACCCCUGAAUCACCUUCAUCUGUCACUGUAACAGAUUCUAGUAGACAUCAGUCCAGUGUAACAGUCUCAGAGACAUUGGCACCAAAUCAAGAAGAGAUACGAAGCAUCAAGAGUGAAACUGAUAGCACAAUUGAAGUGGAUAGUGUUGUGGGGGAGCUGCAGGAUCUUCAGUCUGAAGGAAAUAUUUCUCCAACAGGCUUUGAUGCCAGCGUCAGCUCUAGCAGUAGUAAUCAACAAGAACCAGAACAUACUGAAAAAGGUAAGGAGAAAACCUGAGUUGCCGAACAUAUAUUCCUCCUCUCAUUUCUUAUAAUGCUAAUUUAUUUGUG